AUGUUACUUCCCCAAGAACAAACUUUUCUGCAGGUCGAGAAUCGUCAAUUAAAGCGAAAACGAUCACAAAACGAAGCUACAAUCCCUUCUAUCAUUCCUUUCGAAAAACGGCUACGGUCAUCGACUUCACGACCUCACACGGAGGAUACAAUUUGCGAGAAUACUGCGAUUGGUAGACGACGCAAUCCUCUUCCUCUCCCUUCUCGCGCAUCUCCCGAUCGAAGUCUUACUCCCCCUCCUCCUCACGCAUCUCCCGAUCGAAGUCCUACUCCUCCCCCUUCGGCCGACCACAAACCUUCAGGACGAAGAGAAACUCUUUUGCUUUAUGGCGCCUCUGAGGAUCAGCCUCUUAUUGUGGAUUAGCUCCGUACAACUCUGGUUUUGGCGUUAUUGGAUUUCGGGUUUGAAACGCGAAUUGUUUGUUGAAAGCAAAUCUUUUCAAAUAGAAAAAUUAAAAAAACCAAAUAUCAUUAAUUACAUGUGUUCC